GCCAGGCCACAGCAGACGCAGCGCCGGGCCCGCUGGGGCAGGUGUCCCGUGGAAAUCGACGGAGGGGCUGCCGUGGGCGGUGGGAGCCAUGUUCCUGAGCCCGGGCGAGGGGCCGGCAACCGAGGGUGGGGGUCUGGGGCCGGGCGAGGAGGCCCCCAAGAAGAAGCACCGGAGGAACCGCACCACCUUCACCACCUACCAGCUGCACCAGCUGGAGCGGGCGUUCGAGGCCUCUCACUACCCGGAUGUGUACAGCCGUGAGGAGCUGGCAGCCAAGGUGCACCUACCUGAGGUGCGCGUGCAGGUGUGGUUCCAGAACCGCCGGGCCAAGUGGCGCCGCCAGGAGCGGCUGGAGUCAGGCUCGGGUGCCGUGGCAGCUCCGAGACUCCCCGAGGCCCCAGCGCUGCCGUUCGCCCGCCCCCCGGCCAUGUCGCUGCCCCUGGAGCCCUGGUUGGGCCCUGGACCGCCGGCCGUGCCAGGCCUCCCCCGCCUCCUGGGCCCGGGCCCGGGGCUGCAAGCGUCCUUCGGGCCUCAUGCCUUUGCUCCCACCUUCGCAGAUGGCUUCGCCCUGGAGGAGGCGUCCCUGCGGCUGCUGGCCAAGGAACACGCACAGGCUAUGGACAGGGCCUGGCCGCCAGCCUGAGCCUGCCGCCCUCCCGGGCCCCCUCCUCGGCCCAACCCGAGAACCAGGGACGUGCCCUGGUGACAGUCACCAUGCCUUGGCCUAGGCCGAGGUCAUGGAGCAACUGUGGUCAGGCCAGGCCACCACCACUGGGGAGCGGGACCAGAGAGACAGGCUGCUGGGUUCCCUGCCCCCAUCCCGUCUCCCACCCCAUCGCCACCCAUCCUGCUGGCAGCGGACUGGCCCCCAGUGUCAGGCAGGAGGUGACCCAAGUAUUCUCAGGCCAGGUGCGGGGACCUCCUCCCCUCCUGGGGCCUCAGCCUCCUGUCUGUUAAUUGGGCGUGGGGGCCUCCGAGGUUCGAGGGCUGCGAGGCUGUGGGUGGCGGGACCGCUGACUCUGUAAGAUGAGUGUAAAUCUCUCUGCUUCUCCUAAUCCCCAUCAGCAGAGCUGCCCACUCUCCAGGCUCCCAGUCCCCUGGAAAUAACAAAUAGCAGCAGCUCCCGCGAGCCUGGUCUCCUCUCACCGUGUGCUCGCCAUGUGAGCGCUCCCCUCUCCGUUGUGCCCUGGACCUCGGGCACAGCUGUCAGCCCAUUCUACAGAGAGGGAAACCGGGGCUUAGGCAGGAAGCCAGGUCCCCAAAGUCGCACGGCCAGGAGUGGAUGGAGCUGCCUUUCAGACCCAUCACCGGUCCUACCGUCCGGGGCACAGCGACAGGUUCUGGAGAGAGGGUGGGUCCCGGGCCAGGUGCUGGUGGGCCUCCAGGUGGAGGCGGGCUGAUGCUGGGUGUGUCGUCAUCGUCAGCCCGUUCCUCACGUCCCCACAGACCCCAGGCCCUGUGCAUGUCCCCAGUGGAGGCAUGGCCAGCAUCUGCUCUGUCCAACCCAGUCGCAUCGCUCAAGAGCUCUGAGCAAGGAGGCUGUCGCGGGGCCGAGAACCCGCUGGGACUGGCAAGCACGGCUGGCCCAGUGCAGCAGGAGGGGGCCCUGAGCCAUGGGAUGGGACAGUCUGGGCCAGCGCCACCUUCCGAGACAGAAGUGCGGCACCAGGGCAGGAGCUGCAGUAGCUACCCUCCCCGUCUCCAGCCUGGGCUCCCCAGAUCACUCCCAGAUCACCAGGGCACCCCAUCUCUAGGCGGCACCUCACACACCAGUCCUGUGGUCCAACGCCCAGCCAUCACCCAAUGUCACCGCACACCAGGCAGUGGGGACGCGGCAGUAAGCACAAGAAAGAUUUUUUUUUUUAAAGCUAAACCAGGCCAGGUGCGGUGGCUCAUGCCUGUAAUCCCAGUGCUUUGGGAGGCUGAGGUGGGAGGAUUGCUUGAGACCUGCCUGGGUGACACAGCAAGACCCCAUCUCCACAAACGUUUUUAAAAUGUGCCGGGUGUAGUGGUGCACACCUGUCAUCCCAGCUACCCAAGAAGCUGAGGCAAGAGGAUCACUUGAGCCCAGAAGGUUGAGGCUGCAGGGAGCUGUGAUCACACCGCUGCACUCCAGCCUGUGCAACAGAGCCAGACCCUGACUCAAAACAAAUAAAAAACAAAUCUAAAACAAAA